AUGUUAGAUCUGAAGGAGAUCAAGCCUUUCGAAACAGAAAGGCUUGUUACUGAAUGGGUUUGUAGGACCUGUGAUUUUGAAGCCUAUACUUCUAAGUGGAGGACAGACUUGGGUGGAAAGCUCAAGCCUCAACUCUCAGUAUCCAUAGAUGGGGGAGAGGCCUUUGGGAUCCUGAGAAAAAAAGAGAAGUGGGAGAACAGAGAUGCAGAGAAAGAAGGGAGAAAGUGCCUGCCAGAUUGCGGUGGGACCAUGGAUCUGUUUGGAGAUAUAGAUGACAUUUCUUCAGAGAGUGACAAGGACAAUCAGCCACCUAUUCCAGGACAGCGUGUUGAUGAAUAUGGAGUGCCUCAGGACCAGAAGGAGGAAAAGCCAAUUUCUGAAACCAAAAUAGAAGUAGAAAUUCCCAGUGUCAACUCUGACUUAGGAAAUGAAUUGUAUUUUGUUAAAUUACCCAGGUUUCUCAGCAUAGAACCCAAGCCUUUUAAUCCUCAGCUUUAUGAAGAUGAAUUUGAAGAUGAGAAAGUGCUUGACGAAGAAGAUAGAAUCAGGUUAAAAUUAAAGGUAGAAAAUACUAUACGAUGGAGAAUACGCCGGGAUGAAGAAGGAAAUAAAAUUAAAGAAAGCAAUGCUCGGAUAGUCAAGUGGUCAGAUGGAAGCAUGUCCCUGCAUUUAGGCAAUGAAAUAUUUGAUGUCUACAAAGCCCCACUGCAGGGCAAUUACAACCAGCUGUUUAUAAGAGAAGACACUGGUCUACAGGGACAAGCCAUCUUUAAAUCCCAGCUUACCUUUAGACCUCAUUCUACAGACAGUGUCACACAUAGAAAGAUGACCCUGCCACUUGCUAAUAGAAGUUCGAAGACACAGAAGAUUAGAAUCUUACCAAUAGCGGGUUGUGAUCCUGAAUGCCAACGCACAGAAAUUAUGAAGAAAGAAGAACGCUUGAGGGCUUCUACUCACCAGGUGUCUCAGACAGCCCAUCUGCGGGAGAAGCAGGGCCAGCAGAGGCCAAGCACCCCCUACCAGGACCCUGGGAGUGACCAUGAGGAGGAGGAGGAAGGUGAGGACACCUUCAGCCUGGCUGCCAUUAAAAACUAUUAUCAAGGCGACCUCCAAGCAGAACGAGCCAGAAUCUAUUCCUCAGACAGUGAUGAGGGAUCAGAAGAAGACAAGGCUCAAAGAUUACCCAAAGCAAAGAAUCUUGACAAUGAUGAGGUGAAUCUUCCAGAAAGAGGAAAGCAGGGAGUGAAGAGAAAGAAGUUAUAAAGCCCUAAAACGUGCACUCAAUGUAUUCAACAGUUUGUUUUUAAAACGAUGAUGAAAUGA